CCCCCGGAAGUGGCGUUGCUGUUUGCUGAGCGAGGGAGCCCGGGGCGGACGGCUUCGUUCUCUGGCUCUGUGUUGUGGCUGUGCGCGCCCUCUCUCCCAAGGUGACCCCACCAGCUCUGUCCCCCAGGGCAGCUGUCACUCGAACCAUGCGAGCCCCAUGUGAGAGGAGAGGAACUGAGGCUCCAUCCAUUGCCUUUCCCAGCUGAGAUACAAAUCGGGGGCAGAACAGAGCGCCAUGGCGGACUAUCGGAUCCGCGAGUACAGAGACGAGGACUACGAGAUGGUGCGCGAGCUGUUUGCCACUGGGAUGAGCGAGUACGUCCCUGCCCUGUGUGUGCACGUGCUAAAGCAGCCCUGGGUGAUCCUGGUACUGGCCUGCACCUUCUGCAUCCUGCUCACCAGCUCCAAGUCCCUCCUGCUGCCCAUCCUGGCCAUCACGCUGCUCCUGGCUACGGGGCGGCAGCUGCUCGGCUACUUCUGGACCAUGUAUAUCGAGCACUGCUUGAAGGAGGACCUGCUGGACAUCAGGACAACCUACAUGGGUAGCAAGGGCUCCUGCUUCUGGGUGGCAGAAGCGGAUGAGUGUGUGGUGGGCACCGUGGCUGCCAGGCCGUCUGACGAUCAGGAGGGGGAGCUGAUGCUGAAGCGGAUGUCGGUGCGGAAGGACUACCGGGGGCUGGGCGUUGCCAAGGCGCUGUGCCAGGCGGUGAUCUGCUUCGCCCAGCAGCAGGGCUGCCGCGCCGUGGUGCUGAACACCCUGAUGGUGCAGGACGAGGCCCGCCUGAUGUACGAGCGCGUGGGCUUCGCGAAGUACCGUGACGAUGUGCUGCCCACCGUCUACGGGAGACUGGCCAACGUCACCAUCUCCAAGUACAGGUACAGCGUCCCCCGCAGGAGCUGACUCUGCGCUGCUGCCAAGGGCUGGAACCAGUAUCUCCUGUUCCCUCGCCCCGGAGCAUACAGAGCGCAGAGGGUGAGACGCAGCUGACUGGUCACCUUGCAGAGCGCUGCCCUGAAGGAAGUGGUGUCUCACUCUUACUGGCCUAUGCUACCGAUGUCUGAUUAAUCUGUGCAGUGGGGGAGAGCCGACCGGAUCCGCUUUGGCCUGUUGCCUGGCUGCCUUCUCGAGGCGCAGACGGUGUGUUUCCCAGGGCGCUGGCCUGACAGACACACCGACAUUGUCCCGCUGACCUCCGGCCUUGUCUGCACCAAGGGCUCGGAGCUGGGCCCGGUGCGUUCGAGGCCUGUUCGGUACGCUGCCUUGAUGCAGCAGUUCAGACAGGUUCCUCAGGUUGAGCGCGCUGGGCUCCGUGUAGUCUGCGUGCACAGGAAACUCGCUCGGCAGGGAGGUUUCCAUGCUCACCCCUGGGACGGGAUGACUCUGGGGGGUGGGUCGUGGUGAGAUGCUGGUAAAUCACUAGUUCAAACCCAGCUCACGUGGGUGGGAAUGGCGUUGAAUCCACGUGCAUUGUGUUCUUUCAGUGGCCUUUGAGGAGACCAAGCGGUCUUGGGGUGGGGUAUCACACCUGGAUCUAACUGGUUGGGGUGUCGUCAUCACCGUCAGAAGCCCUAGACUGAGUGGGCCGUGGGGACUGAAGUCCCAUCCUGUUUGGAGGAACCUCUUUGUAAGCAGAACCUGUCUCCACCCCUGCUGGAAGAAGGUUCAUCCAGCCCUUCUUCCUAGCAUCAAAUCCACCUAGAAAGCUGAACAGGCAUUUGUGUCAUUCUCCCCAGCAGGCUGCCUGUGGGCCGGAGUCCCUCCAUCCGGCAGUCAGCUCAGCAUGCUGCCGAGGCAGCGGUUCCAGGGGCUGGGAGUCCCAGCUCUGGGCCAGUGCUGCGUUGCUGUAGUGUUGGUGUUGUGGCACUUUGGUGAAUAAAGAAAUUGCUACAUCG